AUGCCUUAUUAUCUUUCGGCUAUCUGUAUAAGUAUUUCAUAUUUUAUUUUAUUAUUUUUAAUUUUGCCAACAUCUCCUUGUGAUCCUGAUUUAUCUAGCAUAAGAUAUUCUUCUAACAUCAGUAUAUCACAAUAUCCUAAAAAAAUAUCUUAUACAAAGGCCUGUGAUGAUUUAUAUCCUAAAGAACAUCUUACUCAGUGUAAUGAAAAUGAUGUUGAUAUUCAAAUAUCAAGUUUUGCCAAGAUGCCUUAUAAUACAAAUGUUGAAAUACAAGUAAAAUUAAAUAUUUCUAUUUUUAUAUACACUGAUGUUACUCAAGCUUUUUUAAGACUUGAAUGUUUAAAUGCUUAUGAUAUUAAUGAUGAUUAUUGUCAUAAUCAUACAAAACAAAUAAAAGAAUGGGGGAGAAUGAUUUGGCCAUGUAGAAGUGUUCAAUUUAAGAAUAAUUCUGAUAGUCAUUCAAAUAUUAUUGUUCCUAUUCAUUUUGACUAUAAUUGUUUUCCUAUUUUUUCAUUAUCGACAUAUAAACUUUCAGUUGCUUUAGAACCACAAAAAUGUUUGUUAGAAUCUAUUGUAACUAUACCAAAAUAUUCUCAGUUAAAAUCAGAAAUAUUUCAUUUUUAUAAUCCUAAUGAAAGGCAUAAAUGGUCUCCAUUAUUAUAUGUAUUAUUAAAUUCUAAAGAUGGAAUUUGGAUACAAUAUGAAUCUGAUCCAGAUAAUUAUCACAAUGUUGUUGUAAUAUUUUUAUAUAAAUCAAUUGAAGAUAAUAAACUUAAACUUAUCUAUUCAAAAGUUAUUCAUUCAACAUCAAUUAUUAAUAGAUUUAAAUAUUAUAAUAUUGAAGAAGGUAAUUAUACAAUAUAUGCAUUUGCUAAAGAUGCUACCUGUGAAACACACUGUAAUAUUGAUAAUAAUACAACAAAUUGUGUUACAUGUCCAUUUACAAUUUUAAAAUUUACAAAUCCUGAAGAUAAAUUUACAACAUCAGAACUUUUAAAAAUUCGUUGUUCUAUUAUUCUUACGUGGUUAUUGUCAAUCUUAAUAAUAAUUUGUAUAAUAAUUGUUACAUAUAUUAUAUUAACAUUAUUUUUUGAAAAAGUAUGUGCAAAAUACUUUUUUCCUAGAUCACAAAGACAUAAUGAAGUUGAAAAUGUACAGUUAUUAGAUAUACCUGAAGUUAUAAUAAUAUAUAGUAAUGAUUUUAAAGAACAUAAACAAGCUGUUAUUUCAUUGGCUGAUUACUUAGAAGAAUAUGGAAAUUGCAAAAUUCGAAUAAUUGAUUGGGAAUUGUAUGAUUCAACAGCAAUAAAUCCUAUAGUUUCAUUUCAAUCUAAAUAUACUAAUUGUAUUAAACUUAUUAUAAUAUCUGAAACAACUCAAAAACUACUUACAGAAGAAAAUAAUUAUAGUAAAGAUUUUGUUUAUUUUAAAAAUAUUUUAGAACUAGCAAUUUAUGAUUAUGCUAAUAUGGAUUAUAAAAGUUGGUCCAAAAAAUAUGUAUUAGCAAGAUUUAAUUAUUUAAAAAAGAAUAGUAUUCCUUCAUUAUUAAUUUCAUUAUCAAAAAAAAUUUAUGAAAUUCCUUCUGAAAUAGGUCACGUCAUAGCACGACUUCAUAAUUACAAUUUAUCAGAAGAACGAGUUAUUAUUGAUGUUGAUUCUUUAAAAUAUAACGCAAUGUGUAAUACGAUAAAUCGUGUUAUUCAAACAAAAUCUAAAAAUACAAAUUCAUUAAAUUUAUCAACUGAUAGUAUUUAUGGUGAAACAAAAAUUGAUAAAUUGCCGUUUAAAUUGAAUAAAGAAAUAAUUCCCGGUAAAUAUGAAGAAUAUGGUGUCAUUGAAAAUAAUAAUGAAAGUGAUAAUAGUGAUGAAGAUAGCAUUACUUGUAAAUAUAAAAAUGAUGCAAAUGUAAAAAAUUCAUUAAAAAAUAAUUUUAUUGUUGUUGGAAGUCCAAAUGACGAAGAGACAGAUUCCUCAUUAUCAGAAUAA